AACUCUUCUCUCCCCAACAGAAUGCAUGCCGGGGUGGCUUCCCUUCGACGACACUCGCUGUCUGUGGUUCUCGGAGGAGAAACUGACGAGACGGAAGGCGGAGGAACAGUGCAGGUCAUUCGGACACAGAGGUACCCUGGUGGAGAUUCACUCCGCCCAGGACCAGGAGAGAGUCAGGGAAAUCAGGAGUGGGAAAGGAUGGAAAUACACCCACGCAGUCUGGCUGAGCGGGGAGAUCAAACAAUGGGACUUCACCGGCUCUCACGAGAUCCUCCCGUUCCAGAACUUCUCAAAGGCAGACACGGCCAACAUGUGUGUCCGUAUGAUCGCCGAGUAUUACCCAGACCGCGGCGGUUGGAAGAUGGUACCUUGUGACGGAGCAAACAAGGAGCUCUACAUCUGUCAGAUGGAGAAAAUGGCAUCUCCCAAGCCCGUGGACGUGAACAAACACAGAGUGAGGAAGAGACCCGCCGGUUUGGACAAACAGACUGGCUUCUUACUGGACAAGAAAGGAUACAGAGUGCCCUUCAAGGGGAAGAUAACCAGGUGGUACUACAUGGCGAAGAAUGGCGGAGAGCUGGACUUUGUGGUGUUCCGGAGAAAUGCACGGGGCAGUCAAGGACCGCCGUACGUGUAUGUUGGAAGCAAUAAAGUCAGCGCUGAGGCUAACUGGAUCUUCGGAUUUGAGGUCCCAGCAGACGAGCAGAUCUCGGUACAACGAGGUGACGUCAUCGGCGUGUACAGCCAGGCCAAGGACAUCCUGUACAUCAACAAAUGCAAGAACAAGAAACAAAAACUGAUGAACUUGCCGGUCACCAGAGCCCCGAACUUCCAGAUCAUCGCGAGAACCAGAGGCGUGUUCCAUCCCAGGAGACGAGAAUGCCUCGUCCCAUCUGUGGGAUUCCGAGUGGAGCCUACUUAGACGCCAUAACACGUCAUACGUCACACGUCACAGGUCCAUGGCGUCACUGUAACAGGCCUCUGAGAUGGACCCCCCU